AUGGGCCCUGCUGACGCUGGCGGCCAGGAAAACGGUCCCCGCGACGAGGGGAGUAGAGCCGUUGGCGCUUUGCAGGAGGGGGCGAACGCGGAGCUGGGGGUCGACGCCCAGACGUCUGGCGGGCAGGCGACCGCUGGCGAGAUGAACGAGGAGGGGGCGAACGAUGACGAUGCGAACGGCGGUCACGGGAUCGGCUUCGCGACGCCACGCGACGAGGCGAACGAGGAGACAGCGGCGAACGGGCCGCACCGUGACGAUCAUCGCGGCGGCUCUCCCGCUUAUCGUCGCGAGCUGCCGAUGAGCGACGGCGAGGCGAACGCUCCUGGUGCGCCACAGCCUCUGCGCCGGAGCGCAAGACGGCCCCCGAGCGCAGGGGCUCCGGCGGUGACAAGGACCUGCCCGCGCGCCGAGCCAGCUCGCGCUGCUGGUCCUCGAAGCGGCGGCGGAUCUGAUCAGCGGACGCCGGUGGAGCAACAGGUACGCUCGCAGCAGGGCGUGCAGGAGGAAGCGGACGAGGAGCGGGAUCGCUCUCCGCGGUGCAGUCGCGGCCCAGAGCGCCGAGGAAAUCCAUCAGCGAGCGCUCAGGGCGCUCCACUGCCACAAGAGGAGCCGACGAUGCCGAUCUCCCAGGCGCAACAGGCGGCACCUGUGGCAGCCACUCCGAGGAGCGGACGGGGAAGCACGCGGGGGAGAGGCGGGGGUCGAGGAGCGCGCGGAGGACAGCGGAGUGCAGGCCAAGCGUCCCCCCUCGCUGCCUUUGCUCGCUGCCAUGCUGCCCUUGGCCCCACCGUCUCCAUGCGCCUUCCCCUCCCACCCCUCCCCGACCACUCACUUGUCCGCACCUACAAGGCGGCAGGGCAGCAGCAGGGAGCCAGGAGGAGCAGUGGGAGCAGCGUGGUGAGCGGGAGAGGCGAGCGGUGGGAUGACGCACGGCCUGGGCUGGCCGUGCUGAUCACUGCUGCCGAGUUGCUGGACUACUGCAGGGAGGGCUGUUGCUGGCAGUGUCAAGAUCCCUCUGCUCCUCAUGCGACUGCUCCGACCUUGAGUGCUGCUGCUGGGAGUGUUGCUGCCGGGAGUGUCGCUGCUGGGAGGGCUGCGGCUGGCAUUGACAAGGCGACGAGCAGCUUCAGAAUCCCGCUAAGUUCCCUCCUCAACCCUUGCCAUCCUUACCGCCGCUUUACAUUGUAA